CAAGGAUUGCAUCUUACAAAGCAGACACACAGAGAGAUGGGUUGCCUCUGCUUCAGAUCCCAGCAGCAAAGAGCUGUAGUACCAAUGGAUAAGGAGGAAGAUGAUGCAGGCUUUCAUGAGCUUAAGAGACAAGUUACCACCACAUCAACUGCACAGGAUGAGUUCCUCCACUCAUCAUGGCAGGAGGAAAACAAGGUCCCUUUUGCAAGGAGGCGACAGAGAAGCAGAGAAGAAGGAGGAGAGACUAUAUCUUACUCUAACUCCUUCAUGAGCAGAACCAGUUUAAAGUUUUUCAGAAGGAACAGUGUUAGGCCAAGUCCAUCAACAGCUGUACUACUCCAGCAGUCAUUGUCCAUGACAAUAGAUGGGAGCAUUCUAAGGAAGUACAGUGUCCAUAAAAUAAUAGGCAAAGGUGCUUUCUCUACAGUAAUACAAAUUGAAGAUAAAGCAACAGAGAAGCAAUAUGCAUUAAAAGUCAUUGAAAAGAAGAGAUCGUUUCAUACCAACGUCCCAUGGGAAAGAGAGCUAAACAUACUAAAGAAAGUCCACCAUGAGAGCAUUGUCAAUCUUAUAGAGACUCAUGCAACGACAAGUAAAGUGUAUUUUGUAUUAGAGCUAGCACUAGGUGGAGACCUGCAAAAUAAACUGUCAUCCAUUGGGCAUUUCAGUGAAUCAAAAGCCCACUACCUUCUCUCACCAUUGCUGGAUGGAUUGAGGUAUUUGCAUAAGCAUGGAGUCACUCAUAGAGACCUCAAACUCGAUAAUUGCCUCUUUAAGACGAAUGACGAGGACUCGCCUAUACUGCUGUCUGAUUUUGGACUAGCUUAUUUACAAAACAAAGAGAAAGAGAACGAGGGAAUGCAGACAACUUGUGGAUCAGCUGAGUACAUAUCACCCGAGAUGCUGGAAGGAGAAGUGUACACAAACUUGAUUGACAUGUGGUCUUUUGGUGUCAUUACUUUUGCUACUUUAUCAGGGAAGAUGCCAUUCCAGGACGAGAACAAGGCAAAGCUUUUUCGGAUGAUACGGAAUGCAAAUUAUUCAUUCGAUGAUGAUAUUUGGGAUGCUGUUUCUGAUGCUGCUAAAGACUUCAUCUCUCAGUUAAUUUGUGUUGAGACUCAGAAAAGACUCAGCGCAGAAGCAGCUCUCAAACACUCGUGGAUAGUAAAUGAUGGCAUUAAUGCUACUUCUUAAUUGUUUUAUUUUGUGAAUAUUAUGUUUAUUUUUUAUUUAUUAAAUCAUGCAACAUCAUCAACCAUGAUGUACCUUUUCAUGACAAUAAUAGUAAAGUUAACAUCAACAAAAUAAAACAAUACCAGCAUCAAUAUAAUUACUCUGACUAAUAAUUAAUUAUAAUAACAAAAUUUAAUACUUUAAUAAUAACAGCAAAAACAAACAAUAAUAUAACAUAAUAAUAGGCGGCAAAACUAUUUUGAACAUGC